ACAUUACUCGUUCCACCGGUGGCCGCAUUUCUUGUCGCAGCACCGGUAGAAGAUCGUCAUGGGCUCGUCGGCGGACCGGAUCUGCAGCUGCUUGAAGAACGCCUCGCCGUGGCCGCAGGCCGGGCACCGCACGCUCGUGCGGUCCUGGCCGUCGUCGUCGGCGCCGAUGAUGUCCUCCACGGCCUUCUUCCGCGUCGGCACGUCGACCUUGCGCUUCCGCCGCGGCCGGUGCACGUACGGGCAGAGCGGGCAGAAGAACUGGAGCCGCGCGACGGGCGUGCCCUUGUCCUCGACGUGCACCUGCAGCAACGUCCCGUCGUGCGGGCAGAACUGCAUGGCGCGCGCGGCCGCCUGAGCGGCGGCUCGCUCGCGCGGCUCCGGCCGCUCUCGCGCCGCGCCCCGCGCGUCGGGCGCGGCCGCGCGUCACGCUGUUUUUUCGCGUCGCGCAGCCUACGGUCGCCGUGCCACGCGCCGCGGAGGCGCACCGCUGCGUCCUGCACCGCUCCGGGCGCACCGCUGCUUGCUGACCCUGGGUGCCGCUACCUAGAAAUCAGUGCACCGAGGGCCGUUUCGCUCGCUCGCAACGCACGAAUGCGCACGCGACGCGCAGAUGACUUCUGCCGAUGACUUCUGCGGUACCAAAUGCUAUGUCUCGCAAAGCACAGCGGGGGC